CCAAAUGAAUAAUCCUACACAUCACAACUUUGUUUCCUUAAUCUCAAUUCUUCAAAGCAAUUAGAAAAAUAAUUAGACAAAAGACUAUGGAGAAGUUAGCUCACGUGGUUGCUUUCUUGCUUCUUGCAUCUCUCUUUCAACCUCUCAUGUCUCAGUCCGAUGGUUGCCCAGGAGUGAAAAAGGACACGUGGCCAGAACUUCUUGGAGUACCAGCCAAGUUAGCAAGGGAAACAAUUCAAAAGGAAGAACCAACACUAACUAAUGUUCAAACUGUACUGAAUGGGAGAUUUGUGACACAAGAUUUUAGAUGUGAUCGAGUUCGUCUUUGGGUUAAUGUGUUGGACUUUGUUGUACAAACUCCUCGGGUUGGUUAAGGAAAAAAAUAUUUACCCACAUCGAAUGUUUAAGUAAAUCUACUAGCUAACCCCAAGAAAAUAAAUUGGAGCCGUAUGGUUAAUGUAUUCUAUUAUUUGAAGAUAAUAAAUAAGUGUGGCUUUUAUAUGUUACUGUUA